ACAUUAGCAUUAUUCCUCAUUUCAGCUUAACAAAUUGAUAUGAAGGUGGAGUGAUACCAUAAAAAUGCAUGUCUGAACACAAAGUUUGAACAAAAGGAGUUAACUUCUUUAUAGAAGCUGAACUGAUCUCCAUGGAGAAGCCUGUUAGGCAUUGCCACAAAGAAUACAUGAGGAUGGCCAUGCUAAAGCAUGAAGAAACUUUCAAAGAGCAGGUACACGAACUUCACUGUUUGUAUCGGAUUCAAAAGAUAUUGAUGAAAAAUAUGGAAGCCAGCAAAGGUAUUGAAGUAAUCCAAGGAUGGAACAUCAAGAAUUUGAUAAGUUUAACUCAAAAUGGUCAUCAUGAAGGUGCAGAGAGAAAUAAUAAAAUGAAGCCUGCUAUGGAGGACAUUUCAGAAUCAGAAAGCGAUGGUGUUUUGGAGAUUAUAACUGAGACUGAAAUUGAGCUGACACUGGGCCCUUCAAGUUAUAAUUGCAAGAAAGUUGAAACACAACUGAAUUCAGAUUCAGGACACAGCUGGUGUUCUUCUUCUGGAUCCAGCCUUAUAAACAAGACAAGAUGCAGGACCCAUCAUACCAACCAUGCAACUAGAGGAGAAUUAUGUGAAGGGAUGAUAGGGCUUUACCAGGUGCCACAUUCAACCUCCGGGAACAGCUAUGACAUUGAAGAACAAUCUAAACAGCCACCUUGGCUUUUUCAAGUAUUGAGAAGGUCAAUGUGAUAUAUAUUUACUGUUUAAUACUUUGAGAGUGGUGUUUGUAUGGAAUUUUAUUAGUUAUUGAAUGAGGGUGAGGGUUCAAUGAUGUCUUGUAUAGGUUAAUUGUUUUCCAAAAUCACAUGUGAGGGUAUUACAUCAUAAUAUUUAAAUUCAGCCUUUCAA